AUGUCCAGAACGACUCCAAAAGAAGCCCGGGUCUUACAUCUGCUCCGCGCCAUUCUCCGAGAAUGCACCUAUUUACCUGAUUAUCAAGCUCGAAAUUAUAUGUGGAAUCAAUGUUUGCAUCGUUUCAAAGCCCGCAAAGACGAUGAUCGUGAUAUAGCCUUUUCCACCGGCAAGCAAAGUGCUGAAGUUCGAGGACGUCGUGCUGUCAGCAAGGCCAAAGAUGCUCUGAAAGAUCUCCAGCGCGCCAAUGCAGGCCAUAAAAGACAUCUCACCAAGGUACUGGAAAUGACGUAUGGACGUACAGGGAAACGCCGCCAUCGAUUGUUGGAAGCAUUUACCAAAUCUUCCACCGCAACGGGUUCCGAGUUCGACUGGGCGGGACUGUCUCCUGAGCUUUCUGACCUCCUGAGCUCGCAGUGGUCUCGACCUGGUACUUCUCCAAUCCGCCCAGCAGUUAAGAAAGUAUCUCUUGAUAUUCCUGCGAAGAACUCUUGGGGCCGUCCGAUGCCGCAAAAAAGGGUGAAUAACAAGAAAAGACGAAUAUAUGGGGAGGUCAUGGAUCGCGUUCUCCCUCCUGUACCCUACGAUGAACAGAAACGGCUAAGACAUCUAGCUCUUGGGCAGGGAGAUGCAGCGAAAUUGUCUCGUCCACGGCGCCGUGGGUCCAGAAAUGAGCGAGGAAUGAGAACACACACUACACAAACAAAAAUGAUAAGCCGACCGCAUGCUCUGACUUCAAGGUACAUGAGAAGGAGAUACACCAACAUUGUGAUGAAUACUCCAGCUCUGAAGGCCACUGAGGCCAAAUUAAAGAACGAAGCCCAAUGGAAGAUCGAAUGGACAGAUAUCCGGAAAGAGUGCGAAGUGGCUAUGAAAACGGGCAAGCAAUUGCCGCUGGCGAUGUUUGAGGGUGUAGAUGCAAAAGGCAAAUUGCUAUCCAAAUCGAUUCCGCAAACGACUCCGCCGACGCAAUAG